GGCUGCGCGGCCAUGGGGGGGCAGGUGACGAGGAGCCUCCUCUACGAUUCCAUAGGUGGAUCAUUUUCGUCUUCCUCCCACCGAUGCCACCACAAGCAGAAGCACUGUCUCCCCAUCCCCCAGUGUGGAGCUCUGUCCAUCAGCCCUCUGCUUUUCCAUCCUCACACGAAGGGAUCCCAGAUCAUCAUGGACACGACGCAGAAGGCCGUGAAACGCCAGGCUAGUUUCUGCAAUGCCAUUACCUUCAGCAACAGGCCCAUCGUUAUUUAUGAACAAGUCAGGCUUAAGAUCACUAAAAAGCAGUGUUGCUGGAGUGGGGCUCUUAGACUCGGGUUUACUUCCAAGGAUCCAUCGAGGAUUAACCCUGACACACUGCCGAAGUACGCGUGCCCUGACUUGGUUUCCCAAAGUGGUUUUUGGGCCAAGGCUCUUCCAGAAGAGUUUGCGAAUGAGGGAAACAUCAUAGCCUUCUGGGUGGACAAGAAAGGACGGGUUUUCUAUCGGGUGAACGACUCUGCUGCGAUGCUUUUCUUCAGUGGGGUGAGGACAGCAGAGCCCCUCUGGGCUUUGAUCGACGUCUAUGGACUCACCCGUGGAGUGCAGCUCUUAGACAGUGAAAUCAUUCCUCCUGACUGCCUGCGUCCCCGCUCGUUCACCGCCAUCCGCCGGCCCUCACUGCGGCGGGAGACAGAGGACACACGCCUCUCGGUCAGCCUGUGCGACCUCAACCUGCAGGAGGAGACCUUCCACGUGACAGCCACCACGUGUCCCAUCCCACAGAACUCCCUCAACUCCCAGCACUCCCACCUCCUCCCCUCCCAGCUGGAGAGUGACCUCCGCUUCCACCACCUCCGGGGACCCCAUGUCAAAAUCCUUGAUGACCAAACUGUGGCCCGUCUGGAGCAUGCCCGGGAGGAGAGGACUUUGGUUUUCACCAGCAGACCCCUUCGGAUCAACGAAACCAUUUUUGUCAAAAUCAACAAGUCCAACGCCGUGCGCACAGGGACACUGUCCUAUGGGGUGACGUCCUGUGACCCCAGCACCCUGCGCCCCAGCGACCUCCCCUAUAAUCCCGAGUCCUUGGUUGACCGAAAGGAGUUCUGGGCCAUCUGCCGAGUCGUGGUGCCCCUCCAGAGUGGAGACAUCCUGGGAUUUAUGGUGAAUUCAGAUGGUGAGCUGCACUUGAGUCACAAUGGUGCUGGCACUGGCAUGCAGGUCUGCGUGGACUGUUCCCAGCCCCUCUGGAUGUUCUUCGUUUUACAUGGCGCAGUCAUGCAGAUUCGAUUGUUGGGUUCCACCAUAUUAGCUGAGCGGCUGGGACUGUCCACACCAAGCUCGCCCACAUCAACACCCAAUUCCCCCACUGUUCUCUGCAGCGGCGUCUCUGACCCCAUAUUGUCUACAUGUGGCUCUGGCCCACUCUGCAGCUCUAUCGGUGGCACGGCUCCCAACUCUCCAAUCAGCUUGCCUGAGUCACCCAUCUCCCCAUCCGUCUCAGGGCCCUGGGGAGAUGAAUGCACCAUCUGCUAUGAGAACAUGGUAGACACGGUCAUUUACUCCUGUGGACACAUGUGUCUCUGCUAUUCGUGUGGGCUGAAGCUCAAGAAGAUGGCCAACGCUUGCUGCCCUAUUUGCAGACGGGCCAUCAAAGAUAUCAUCAAAACAUACCGCAGCACUUAGAGCAGCAGCAGAUGCUGUGGUGGGGACUGGGCAGGUGGGGAGGAGACUGUGAAACAACACAGGUCUUGGUCUCUAUUAAUCAUCCAGGAGAUUAAAAAAACAUCACCCACCACCACCCUGAUCCCCUCAUCUGUGGACAACACAUGAGACAAGCUUAGACGCUGCUCUUCCUCCCUCCAAGAAAGCCCUGGGGCUGAACUCCAGUGUGUCAGGGAAGUUGUGAUGGACUAAUCUCCCUUGUGGAUUUUAAACUUUAUCUCAAAAAAAACCCAGCUGGUGCAAUCAUCCCUUUUCUGGACCAUGCACAGUGGAGGGGAGUCUCCACUGUUUAGCAGGGACAGCAAGCAGUGAAAGGUUCAGUGCUACACACUGCCUUCCAGAGACACCCUGUGUGCAGAGAACAGCUUAGCAAAAGAGGAGAAAAGCUGGGGCCAGUGCAGAAAAGGACCCAUGGUUUGUGAGGUGAAACCCACCCCUUGUCCACAGGCAGAAAAGCAGCCCCAUGAGGGCUGUCCCCUGCUCCUCCCUUGCUGUUCUCUGGCCGAGACAUUCAUGGCAGGUUUGGCAGCCAGUACUGGCACUGGCCUUGCUCCCUCCCAGCAGCGUCCAGCCAUCUCCUGUUGCCAUCCCUUUGCAUGAUGAGCAGCUCUCAAACCCCAUCACCACCAAUUUGCGUGUGGUCUCCACACAGCACGAGGGAUUCAGCAGUAUCUCUGCCCCCAUGGGCCUGCGGGAGAGGGAGAUGUGUCUCCCUCACCUUUCCUCCUCCUACCAUCCAGACAGCACUUGUGAGGGAGAAAAUAAAAUAAACAAAAACAAAACCCCCAACCCCACUGGGGAAGAAUGUAUAAACCCACGUGUCUACGGGUUUCAUUUACUGGUAACUUUAUCACUGUGCUUUAAGACAAAACCAGCCAGGUGGUACUCAGCCCUUCAGAGCCAGCCUGACAGCAGGACACGGCUGUCCUUUGUGUCAUGAAGAAAGAAAAGAAAAAGUAGCUUGAGGGGUUUGGUUGGCUUUGGUUUAUUUAAAUAUAAAUCCCCUUCACUCCUGCCCCAGUUGAGAACCCCGCUGUCCCUGUGGCAGGUGCCUGCAAUGGCAGCCCCCACGGUUGCUGUGAUAACCACCGCUCCAUCUCGGCCACUGGCCUGGCGCAGGGCUGCUGGCCCUUGGGCCUGGGCAGGGAGGCUCUGUGGCAGCAGGAGCUGCCCGUCUCCCCUCCAGCCACAUCCUGCUGCCUUCCAGGGCCACACGGGAGGUAGAGACAGCAUCUGGGUCCUGAGGGGUGAUCAGGGCUGGGGUGCAGCAGCAAUGGCAUUUGCCCCACCAUGUUGCCCACCAGGCCAGGCCAGGGAAGGCCAUGGAGUUUUACCCCUUCUGCUGAGCCUCCUCCUGCACCCCAGCGUACAGCUGCUUACAGGACAUGGGGGGACCAGUGUGACAUAGGGAUAAAAGCAUUUAAUACACACAGCUGUUCACUGCAGAGGGCAUCAUGCCCCCCCAGGCAGCAGGUGGGUGAAGGAGCACUUGCAGAGGCUGCUGCCAAGAGCGCCUGGAAAACAUGUCCUUGUCCCAUCCUCUUGAGGAGAUGAAAAAAAGAGGCUGCUACAAGCUGUAGAGCCUUUUUCUAAAGGCACCACCAUCACUGCAGCCUACCACAGGGGUCUGCAGCUACCCCCAGCCUGCCCCGGCAGACAGUACUAACUUGAAUGCUGAUAUUCUGGUUACAGGGAUUUACGUUAUUUCUUUGCAUACCUCUUGUACACCCCUAACCCAACCCAGCCCUGCACUCCAGGCCAGCUGUUGAAAGCCCUGUGAAAGCAUCAUGGCUCCUGUGCCCAGAUUCCCUCACUGAGGGCUGGGAGGAGGCUGGGUUGGCACAAGUCUGGUGGAAGUCACAGCAGCCACGCCAGGAGCACGGCCGGUCUGCAGGCACACAGCCAGCCUCCAGCUUGCCCGAGGACAGAGCUGUGACUGGCAGACACAGGGAGCCUGUUUCAGUAGUUACACAAACUCCAGUGCAAAGAUUUCAGAAAGGACAAACCCAAGGGGUAGGAAGGUAUUGAUGAAACGGUGGAUAUGGGGAAAUGUGCAAUAAGCAGCCUCCCGAGCCUUCACUACACCAGUGGAAUCAGUUCCCCUCCAUGCAAGGGGUACACUUUAUUUUUCAAGAAUCUCCAUCGAUGGGUACCAGUGCAGUGGUGUGAAUUCCCUCUUCACCUUUUGAAUUCAGAGUGUUUUAAUAUAUAACUGUGUUUGUUUUACUGUGGACCAAACUCUAGGAGUUAGCAGAAGCUGAAAGCUCCCCCAGCAUCAGAGCUCAAAAAUUGGGGUUAAGUCCUGCUCCCAGCAUCAGCUGGCCUCCAGUUGUGAGCAGGGAAGAGGAGAGCAAGUCUCUCUCCAGGAAGAAAAAAAACCAAACCACCACACAGCAACAGUAGCAAUCCUAACCUUUUCUUUUAUUUGACUGGUGUAGGUUCCCAUGUACCUCCGUGUUCUUGUGUCAUUUGCAUUUCAUUGCUUUACUUUAAGAUGUUUUGUGUUCUGUUUAAAGAAAA